GCAGUGGGCGGGAUCUCUGGGCUGAGGGGUUUCAGGAGUCAGAGGUUGGUGUGUAAGGCAGCGGCUUGGUACCGCUAUCUCGGGCGGGUGCGGAUCUACAUGUGGAGCCGCGUCCAUUAGCAGGCGGUCAGCGUCACGCACAGCGAUACCAUGCUCCCGCGUCUGAAGCGCGCGCUCCGGCAUAAUAACGCGUCUUACCGGGGAUCCAUCCCGCCUUGGAGCGCGUGUGUACGCGCAGUGUUUUGCAGUCACCUGCGUUUAAUAUGGCAUGUUUUGAUGCUUCUGACCAUCCUGUGUGUGGUGCUACAGUUAAUGAGUGCAGUUCUUCAGGCUCGCAACAAGAAGACCAAACCAUCUGACCACAAGGUGAUCAGUCCUCUUCAAAAUGAACAGCAGGAUGCUCAGUUUAACAUGGAGAACUUUGAUGCAAACAAAGCAGCUUUACGCCAUUUCCAGUUCAAUGGUGGAAAAGAAGAGGGACUGAAUCAGCUUACAGAACCUGCUCGAAGUCUCGCUACCACAUCCGGGAAGAUCUUAAACCCAAAGCUAGUGAUCAAAGUAGGUAUAGAACAUGACCCAAAAAGCGACUUGGAGGUUGAGCAGGAAGUCCAAAAACAGGCACUUUUGAAGAAAGGAUUUCAUGAAGUUCCACUAUCUGGUCAGAAUCAUGAUGCUAAACAAACAUCUAGCAUUUUAUCCAGUGUCCAAAAUGCUAUGUGUUACCCGAAGAACCAUGUCGUCUUUCUGAAAACUCACAAGACGGCCAGCAGCACCAUCCUCAACAUCCUGUAUCGCUAUGGUGACACCCAUAACCUGACCUUUGCACUGCCGGUGAACAUGCACAGCCAACUCUACUACCCACACUUCUUCAUGUCGCACUUCGUCGAGGGCAUAAAGUCUCACAGAGUGACAGAGUUCCACAUCAUGUGUAACCACAUGCGCUUCCGAGGGCCUGAGGUGAGAAAGGUCAUGCCCUUGGACACAUUUUACUUCUCCAUUCUGCGCAAUCCCGUGUCCAUGAUGGAGUCCCUGUUUACAUACUACAAAUCAAUCCCAGCUUUCCGCAAAUUCAAGACCCUUGAGGACUUUCUACGUGACGAUGGUAACUCUUACAGUGCUGCUACACCUAGUAAUCAUUACGCUCGUAACAUCCUGACCUUCGACUUCGGCUUCAACAACUCUGCACCACAGAACGAAGUGGAACUGGACCAACAAGCAACGUCUAUGAUUGCCUCUGUGGAGAGUGAAUUCCACCUAAUCCUCAUAUCGGAGUACUUUGAUGAGUCUAUGGUGUUGCUUAGACACGCCCUCUGCUGGACAUUGGAGGACGUGACUUCGUUCCGUUUGAACAGCCGAAGCAAUAUAUCGCGCAAAUCCCUGAGUGCGGAAAUGACCGAGCAGGUGAAGAAGUGGAGUUCUUUGGACUGGAGACUGUACCAACACUUUAACGCUAGCUUCUGGAGGCGAAUAGAUACAUUGAUAGGUCGUGAUAAGCUCCAAGAGGAAGUGGAGCUUCUCAGAGCUAGAAGGGCAGUACUGGAGCAAACCUGCCUUUUAGGGGGCAAAGCUGUGGAUCCAGCUCACGUACAUGAUUCGUCAUUGAAGCCAUUUCAGUAUGGCAUAGCAGUUAUCCAGGGAUAUAACCUCCGCCCAGGCCUGGACAACAACACGCACCAACUUUGUCAGAGGCUCAUCACUCCCGAGCUACAGUACACCAUGGCUUUGUACAAAAAACAGUUCCCUGAUCUCGCUGCUAAAAUGGCUAAUAAAAAGGCCAUAAGUACUGAGGCACGAAACACACAUCCUGAGGCACGUAACGCUAACGUGCAUGAAUUACCUAAAGGCAGUAGGGAUGUUAAAGGUGAAGCAAACUUAACUAAAGCAAAACAAAAAUCCCUAAAGACAAACAAACCCCAACCUACCAGUAAACAGUGAAUCAUGCUAAAUGUGCCUUAGCCUGUGCUGCUGCACGUGUUAAUUACCUCUCAAUGUUGUGAAGAUUUUUGUUAAAGGUCUUAAAUGCGGUGGUCAGGAAAAAAAUGACAAAUGAAUGUUAAAUUCUGUUUAUGCAAAACUGAUCAGUUGUUGGUUCUUUUACAUUUGAUUAGCUUUGAUCCUCUUGGGUCUUAAAAUCGUGGCUAAUUUGUUAGCUAGGGGGAAUAUUCGCAUAAUAUUUCACUUUUUUUCCAGAAAACAACAAACUCAAAACUAUGUUUUCAUGACUUAAUUAUUAUUAUUAUUAUUAUUAUUAUUAUUAUUAUUAUUAUUAUUAUUAUUAUUAUUAUUAUUGUGCUAAUGUGAACUUGCCCUAAUUCUGUAUGGAUGCUAACAAAUGAAUUUUUUUUUUAUUGAAAUCCCAAAAAAAUGGUAUACAAGGGAAAAAAAUGGUAUACAAGGAAAAAAGAGAUGGGAAAUACGGGUAAAGCACUGCAGUGUUUUUUAUUUUUUUUUGUCCUUUUUUGAGGUGAGGUCUAUACAUGCAGCUGAUUUAUAAAAAUAGAAUUAGUGUAGAUUUUUGGGGGGACAAAAUCUUAACAAUGGUACGAAUGUCACUUCCAUACAACUAAUUUACUUUUAAUAAUGAAUAAUUUGUACUCAAAACCACAGAGAUUUUAAAUUUCUCUCUAUUAGCACUAGCACUUAAAGUCCUGUUCUGUUUCUCUCUUUAAAUGUAAUUUAAUAUAUGUUAUGUUUGUAAUAAUUAUGAACAAUAUAUACAUCGGGCCUCAUUUUUCAAUCUUCUCAAUAUUUUCAUUUUUCCAUCCGAACUAAAAAUUCUUUGUUAGGGUUUUUGUAAAUUUAGUAAAAAAAAUUGUCAGGUUUUUUUAAAGAUCACGUCUCUGCAGAAUACAUUUGAAAUAACUGCUCCGGUUGGUCCAAAAGAAAUAUAAAAAAUAUAAAUUAUACAUUAGUGAAAUUGAAGCAAAUAUUUUUUUUGUAUUGUUCCACAUUUUGUAAAAGUUUAAAAUGGGUUGUUCUAAACCAAAUGGCACAUAAUGGCUAAUUCGGUUUCCAAAUUUGGCGAACUCUACGGCUAACUUUGGAAUUCUGAAAGGAAUAAGGGAUAGAAUUUUUGUCAGAAGUAUUCAUGAUUAUAAUUUAUGAGGAAAAAUGAGUUUAGAAAGACUUUCUAAAGCUGUGUUUAAUUAUCUUUGCUAAAUCCUGUGCCUUUGUUCGUGUUCACGUGUACAAAUUUGUGCUAGCCUGUUUUAUUUGUGGAUGGCUUUUUCAUGAGCGCUGCACUAGUUUUGUAGUUAGCAGUUCAUAAGGUGGUGUUGCUCUAUUCGAAAUUAAGGAAAUGACUUAAAUAGUUAGAAUACGUUGAGCUCAUGAGGAGGGGGGGCACGGUGGCUUAGUGAUUAGCACGUUCGCCUCACACCUGCAGGGUUGGGGUUCGAUUCCCGCCUCCGCCUUGUGUGUGUGGAGUUUGCAUGUUCUCCCCGUGCCUCGGGGGUUUCCUCCGGGUACUCCGGUUUCCUCCCCCGGUCCAAAGACAUGCAUGGUAGGUUGAUUGGCAUCUCUGGAAAAUUGUCCGUAGUGUGUGAGUGAAUGAGUGUGUGUGUGUGUGUGCCCUGUGAUGGGUUGGCACUCCGUCCAGGGUGUAUCCUGCCUUGAUGCCCGAUGACGCCUUAGAUAGGCACAGGCUCCCCGUGACCCGAGGUAGUUCGGAUAAAGCGGUAGAAAAUUAAGGAAUGAAUGAGCUCAUGAGGCAAAGAAGAUGCAUUCGAAGUGAGCGGAAAUUGCUAAUCCGAGAAUCUAAUCUGAAAGACUCUCAAGCUAACCGCAUCUGGAACGUCUCACAAGGACUAGCACCUCACUUUACAUCGUAUAUAACGCUGAAACAACACGAACUGCAAAUACAGCUAGCUAAUGUUAGCAAAGGAAAAAUUUUCUGUGGUAAAGAUCAGCUGUAAGGCUUCCCACAGCACUGGCAUUGUCAGGAUUUGAACUCUAGGUCACCUGAGGAUAAGGAAAAUGAUUUUCUGAAGCUAUUAUUCUUUUUAAAGAAUUUAAAAUGUUUUUUCUUUACUUUUACACGAAUAGUUUGUAUAUUGUGAUAUACUUCUUUCAUGCUUUAUUAUAUUGUGAAUAUUUAUUUGUUUUCAUUGUUCUUAGUAACAUGCUUGCCUUUAAAACAGACAAAACAAUAGCAAUACUGUCUUCAGGUUGCUUUUCCAGCAGCAUUUUCUUUAAGGUGUUAGUCAAAUACUGCUUUUCCUUUUAAAGGAAAGUUUUGCCAAUGAAACUAACUUUCCUUUCCCAUUCCACUGACUCAAAAGCAAUUACUUCCACAAGCCACUAUUUAUGUUCACAUGUAGCUUCUUUAGUUUGAUAUUUUUUAAGCUACAAGGCUAAUAAUGCAAUUUUAUUUGCAUUGUGCUAACUGUGUACCCAAAUGUUUCUGGAUGCUGACUGAUAUUUAUGUAUAUUUAAGUUUAACUAUGUAUUUAUUCUGUAGUUUUAAUGACUUCUACAGGCAGUUAGCAUGAUGCUAAAUGAAACCAUAACUUGUCAACUAUGUUAGUCUCAUACUUCUUGUGCCAACCAGGUCAAGAAAUGACUUUGGAAACUAAAUAUGCCUUAUUGAUUAAAUCUGAAGUAAGUGGAAUUUAUUUUUUGGUUGAUUACCUAAAUAUUUACUUAAUAUUUACCUGUAUAUUUAGUUCAUUGCCUGAUAUACAGGAUUUCCAACUUGAAAUAAAACAUUUUAAUAAGUAGGUUUGCUACUUAAAUUUCCAAAA